AUGUGCAUAUAUGCAUACAUGAAUUAUUACAGUCCAAAAUGCGCAGCUGCCAACCGGCUGGUUAUUGUAUUGACGGGUCCGAAAAACCCUCGCAUCCCACUGAGUACUCGGUUUGUGACAACAUCGAGGAAUAACACUUCAGCCAAACCACAAUUUUCUAAUCAUCUCGGACAGAUAACAUCGAAUCAAACCGUUUUAAGAUAUAAUAUGGCUGGGAAAAGAGAUCCCUUCGAGAGGACUAUAUUUCGGGAUGGGAAUCGUGCUUCACGCUUGCUGGAACAAACUGCGGGCGAAUCCGUGCAAAAAAUGAGCAACAGUAGAGAUGUAACUGCAGAAGUCAUAAAAGACCCAAGAUCUGCAGCGCGGAGAUUUAAGGUAGGAAAUUUAUCGCCAUCCAUGUUUUAUUUGACCGCGCGAUCUUCAUUUUAGAAAGCAUGUUACGAGUGUCAUAAAUGAAAGUGCAAAUAGAUUUGUAGCAAUCAUGAGCUUUGUAUUCCUUACUUUUAGAGCGCAACUCCUUAAAAUAUGUGAGAAACUGAGCUACAAUCUUUUAUUUAUGCUCUUGCCCAGUACGGUACUCUUAUUCAUCUCGUUUCGCUCUUUUUUUUUAAUGUAAAAGCGAAUAAAUAAAGCUGACUUUAUUUUAAAGGAUUGGUUUUGGAUUAAACGUUGGUCUUGUUGUCUCUCUUGUGAUAAAAAUAUAUAUUAUGUAGUAUGCGUUUUCUUUUUUGGUAGAAUGCGACUGAAUUGAAACCGAAUAUGAAGUUAGAAACGUACAUCUGCUAAACGAAGUAUUUCCUUCCGUGCUUUUUUAAAAAAGCUACUGACAAGCAUUCAUUAUCAUUCGCCAAGGCGAAAAAACAUUUAAAUUCUUAUAACUAAUGCCACCCCUUUCAACAUAUCGAAAACUGGAGAUAGAAGCGAAAAAUUAUGAUACUAUUCUUAGGCUUAAUAUAAAGCCCUGACUCUAAACGCCAGAAAUUAAAGUCAGUAAACGAACAACUUACACAGCACGACAGCAAGAAAGUCAAAUUAUUAUAUCGCAUUUCAAAGAAAAACGUUUUUAAUGAAUUAAACAUCUAUAUAAAUUGUUCCAAAAUAUAUAUGCUAAACGGUAAACACCUAAGUUCACGAUUGCAAUUAUCAUCUCGUUGCUUAGACCGAGAAAUCAGAAACAAAUCUUUCACACCGAGUUGCCCUACAUUUUGAAAAUUAAGAUUCAGUAAAGAUUCAGUAAAGAGAAACGUAAGGGUUCUUUAGUAAUCAUAAUUGAAAUUUACAUUGCGCUAAUCCCGGGCUGUUACAACAAAUGAGGGGACCAAAUAGUAUACCUUCAUAAGUUGGGCAAUGAGGUUUCGGCAGGUAUAAACCCCAGCUUUGUGUGAAUAGUUGCAUUGACUUUAUGGCUGUAUUGGGUUGACGCAAAACGUGUUUUUCAACGUCAGCUCUUAUUGGACUUGUGACGGCUGUUGGUUUGCAAGCGAAAACCGUCUUUAAAUUAAAAAAAUAUAUAUCCUUCAGCCGGUGAAAAUAAAGUAUUAGCUCAGACAAAAGCAUAAAAACAACUUGCAGAAUUAUUAUUAUUAUUAUUAUUAUUAUUAGUCUAUUUUUAAUUUUUUUCUCUCUCUGCGUUGGUUUUUAAUUGCAAUUAGUGGCUGGAUUCAUUAGGACGUCUGAGAGAUUAAAAAAAAUAGAGGUUACUUCUCCAGAAUAAAUUCUGGUAUAUUCUUUUUUGACAGCUGGCAAACAACGAAGAAUAACGAACUCAAAUUUCUGUCAAUUUCUGUCUUUGCGAAAUGAGUUUGAUAUUUGUCCCAAAAACCUGUACAUGUAGGGCGUCGAAUUAUUUGCCUUAAUAGAUAAAAUAAUAAUUUUAAUUUAUGAUGUUGCCCUGAUUAAUAUAUAAGGAAUGGGUAAUCGUUAAGCUGAGUCUGCUGAAACCAUCAUCUGGAAAUGGUUUUGAAGUAGACUGCAAAACUGUCCGUAUUUUUGCUUAUUCAAGUACGCGCGAGCAGUCAAACAAAAGGUGUGGAACGAGGCUCUUACGCCACGCUUUACCAAUUUCUUUACUGAUUUUGAGAAAAAAAUCCGGCUGUUUUGUAGUCUAGUUUUGAAGUUCAAGCUGUAGCCACAACAGUCGCUCAUCCUGUCUCGUCCACAUGGCCGAGAACCAACAUGACUUCUGAAUUCGUCAAAAGCUCUAUAAAUUUGGGUAAAUCAUUUCUCCGAAUAUUUCGCUAUAAAAAAUUGCACUGACACAAAUCUUGGCGUAGGUCUUUGCCUAUCAACCUCCUUUCAUUUCAUUUGAGCUUUUUUUUUUAUUGCGUGAGAGUGAGAACCAGCAGCCGAGCGUUUAAUAUUCAUUUUUGGUUUUCACAUGACGUCACCCGAAUUUCAAACAAAAGAAUUAUCGACCCUCCUUAGUUUUUACUUUCUUGAAGUAUAAGAGCUUCUAAAAAACUUAUAUUUUUACAAAUUUUCUCUUUGAAACGGUUCCUCGUGUUUCAUAAAGUACUUUUGUGUGACGCGGCAUUCAUUAAUGGCCGCCUAGAGAGCUCUUAUUGUUAAAGUUAAAAAAAAUUAGCUAAAACGAAUAAAUAUCUCGCAUACGAAAAAUUGCGCCGUAAACGCCUCUUUGCGAAGGUCUUUGCACACUUAACUCCUUUCAUUUCCAGAUUCUGGACUUUAUAUGUUGAACACUUUUUGAUUUUGAUUUUUGACGACGUUACAGUGAAAUCCAGCAAUUUUAAUUUACCGUCACGCUGUCAAAACCAACCUCUAUUUUUAAACUACUAGUAAUUAUUAUUUGUCGCUUGCAACUGAAAACUGAGCUGCAAGGGCACCACUCAAAGCGACCAUUAACUUUGUGAUGCAAGGUUUGUAUGAAGUACAAAAGAAUCUGUAAAGGACUCACAAUACACUCUUUUUUUUUUUAUAAGAAUGUUGUUUUUCCGGCCCAGGCUGAAUAUUCUUAUUUUUCUGCCGAUUUUAGGCUGAAAAUAUUCUUGUAUUAUCCUUAAAUUAUAGCUUAUGACAUUUCCGUUUUAGAAUUUAUUGGGGUAUAUGUAUAUGUAUUACAUGUACCGUUCAUCGAACUGUCAUUAGCGUUGAACAUUUUGCCAUAGCUAGUGCAGGUUUUUUCGUUUUGUUGGCUAGUUUCGCCGUUCAGAGAAAGGAAUAACGGUUACCGUAUUUAUUUAAGCGCCCAACCUCGAAUUACCUCGAAUAAGCCCAUCUUUAAAAACAUCAAACUCAAAUUGUAAAAUUGAAUAAAUUUACAGAUGUAUUUUCAGGAACACAUCUUCGCGUUCUGUUAAAAUUAUAUCUAUCCUGAAAAUGUUGAAAAUUUUAAGCGCCCAGCCUCGAAUAAGCGCCCACUCUCAAGGUCCAAAAAUCUCAGCCUCAGGGCGGUUUCGAAUUCUUAAAAUAUUAUUUAAAAUGUUUCGCAAAUUUCAGCCUUUAUUCGAUCGCAAAUUCUCGAUAUAAAAUAUAUUCUUAUAAAAAAAAGAGAGUGUAUUUCGAUAAGGCUUUACUACUGAUGUCUGACUCAUUACAAGCUUUUGAUUAUUGUGCUAGUCAAAAUACCUGGGGUGCUGUGGGGUACUUAACAAAAUUUUAUACUCCCCGAGGUCUAACCUACCUCUUUUAUAUACCGUUUACUGACAAAUUGUAUCCCUUUCACCCACCUUGUUUAAAAACUUUGCAUCCCUUUCAACCUUUAAAUUCACUGUCUUUUAAAUUUGAAUAAAUCACAAAACCAUAACGUUUUCAAGACAUUUUUACAGCCUUAAAAUGAAUGUGUUACCCCUUUUGGGUCUCUUUUUACCAACCGAAAUGACACUUCCCUACCCCCCAAAUACUUUAACAAGUGAAAUGCCUACUCUUUCUUAUACCUGAACCCUGAAAACGUUACCCCUUUAGGACUGCUCGGUGUCCUUUAGAUGGUAUCCGCGUGCUGGCUGCUAAUUGUUUCAGUUUUUAUAGUUUUUAGACAAUGAUUUUUGUAUGACAGAGUGAAGAUUCUGCUGUUGGGACAUUAUAUUUCACUUUUCCAUUGUGCUAAAUGUAUUGUGUCUGAUCCUAAUGAACUAAAGCAAGAACUGAUCAUCCUUCAUUUAAUAAAGCAAGAACUGACACACACAUUUCAGAACUGCCCUGCAACACUGAGGAUCGAUCUCUACCGUGACCCUGGUUCCUGGAAAGCCGAUUAUCGCUAAUCGCGGAAUAGAUUAUAUCCCGCGAUUAAAUUCUGCUCCUGAAAGCACGAUUAAAACUAAUCUACGAAUAAACUACUUUUUAAAUUUAACCCACCUAGCGAGGACGAUUAACUCACUAACUGGAGGAAAAAGUUUGUCAAAACAAACAAAAUGGCGGAAUGACUGUUCCCGCGAAAGAAAGUUCCAACAGCGAGAAAUUGACCCCGAGCAGCUAACAGACGAAGAAACUGGCAGCAGAUACAUAGUACAGGUUUGGCCGAGAGUCAAUCAAAUAUCUAGUAGAAAUCCCAAAAGCCGAUCUCCAAAGGCAGACGAGAAGAAGCCACGCGCUGUCACCAACUUUAGCAAGUUCUCGUGGCGUUAUUUUCGGCACCGGUCGGGCGCCGGCAGAAUUUAGAGCAGAUUAAGGUAUUUUCAAGCAGAAUUUGAGCAGAAUAAGGGUGUUCAAGCAGAAUUUCGAGCAGAAAAAGCGAUUUUUACGAGCACUGCCGACGGGCAGAAGAAGCCAUUUUACGAGCAGAAUUUAUCCAAGCCUGUUCACCUGUCCCACGAUCGGCGCCAAGUUUUCGCGCCAUAUUUUUUUGGAAGCAGGCAGUCGAAAAACUCGUUAAACCGGUUUUUUUGGACUAAUUUCGGAUUAGUUAAUCGCGGGAUAACUUCGCUUUGAGGAACAACUUUUUAACCCACGAUUAGUUAUCGGGGAAAUGAGAAAUUUAAUCGUGGAUUAAUUGCUAAUCGGAGGAUAGAUUAAUCGGCUUUCCAGGAACCGAGGUCUGGUCUAUUGCAACUGCCAUUACUUCAUCUCUUACUCCAAACCAGAUCAGCAGUCAAGCGCCUCUGGCUUCGGCAGAAAGAAACUUAUUGUGCUCUCGUACUACGGUGGGGUCUCCGAGAUUCUUCAAAGAAUCUUUGAAAAGCGACGUGUUCACGUUUGUUUCAAACCCCACCUUCGCUUUCACGCAAGAAACGCGAGGCCAUAAACAUUCAUACUCGGCGACGGGAAAUGAACCGUGAUCAGGGUUACAAUUAACAUUCCCCCAAUUUAUGGAACACUUUUCGAAGCCUCAUCAAAACGAGGCUAAGAAGCAAACGUCAUCACUGAUGAAGGGAUCUGGAUGGACUCAGAAGGCUCUGCUAAAACUUUCAACAAAUUUUUGGUGUUGAAGAAUUUUUUUUCUGUUGAAUUUUGUAAUCUUAGAAUUUCCAGGUAUAAAUAGGGGAAAUGGCAUAUUAUCCUCCUUUCUAGAGAACAGUGGGCUGAUUUAGCAACAGAACGAGAACGUCAGUUGACAACGGCGCGCGCAUAUCAAACAACUGGCUUGACCAAUGGCAUAGCUGCAAAUUGAGCACCGGAAGUCUUGUUUAGUCCUUUCCGCGCGCUUUCCUGUCGUCAACUGACGUACCCGUCCCGUUGCUAAAUCAGCCUUAUAUACUAGCGGGGCCUCCCCGUAUAGGCCAUUAAAGGAAGUAUCCCCCCGGGGUCAAUAUAUUGAUCAUUAAAGAAACAUAACGUAUUUAACUGUUUGUUUUUCCUUUAGAGUGAAGAGAACAGUAGUAACAGGAUGCAGUUUCCUAGAGCAAGAAUACAGGAGAAUGCUGAUGAUCCAGGGAUUGGCAGCCAAGUUUUACCGAAUCAACCCUCUGUGCACAGCGGUGCCGUGGGCCAAAUUUCACAGGGACACCAACAAGGGCCAACAGCGUGGGAUCAAAACCAAAACAUUGCGGGGAUGUCUGUCUCACAAGACCUUCCAGGGAUUGUCCCUCCCAGGGAAAUAAGCACCUUUCCCCAAAACGCUGAUGCGGUUGUCGGGGGAGUAAACUACAGGCGAAAGGCUGUUUGCCAGGAGACAGAUGGGGCCCUGGGUCAGAGAACGAAAAUGCGCGUCUAUAUGAAGCGAUUUUAGGCCUUUUAGGUGACUGAAACUAUUUUUUGACUAUUCCACGGUCUUGAACAAGUCUUGAUUUAACCUGUGUGAAGUUGUAGCAGUCACUUGCCAAAGAAAAAACUUCCGUCUUUGUCAUUAGUUUGGAAAUAACGCCUUGGAAUAGCUACUUCCUUUUUUAAAAAAAUCUAAGACCUGCAAGAUGCCGCGUCACGAC